CUGAUAUUUCAAAAGCAGGUAACAUGAUUAACUUGUUUUCGUAUAAAACCGCAUGCGUUGUCAAUUUACUUCAAUACAGGUGGUUAAAAUAACAUUGAAUUUAAAUCGCGGAAUGUGAGGAAUUCAAUUCAUAUAAAUAUAAUGGAAUCAAAAGGGUACUCAGCUUACUUUUACUUAAAAAAGAAUGUUUUACCGGUGGCUCUAUGAGAAGUUAAUUUUUUUUAUCAGCUUUACCUUUAGGACGAUCUUACGCAUACAUCCAUGUUCAUCCAUAACUGAGUCAACUAAUUUUGGGUCCGAAAACACGAGCAGUCCCCUGUAAAAUGCAUUUUUUAUGACGAAAUUAAGCAUGGCAAAUCAUUGGAUCAUGGUGAAAUGACGCUGCUGUGGCCGACGGACUAAACAGGCUGUUCAGAAUAAAAGAACAUAAUUAGUAUGUUCAAUAAAAAUUUAAACAUUUUCAUCGUCCUCAUAUCCAUUAUCAUUGUGAGUGGAAAAACAGAAGCGUGCUCAGAUGAACAAAACUAUCCGUUCUACACUACACAAGAGGGUAACACAUGCAGAAAAUGCCCACCUGGACACUAUUUAGUUCAAGAAUGUUCUAUCAACUAUACAAACCUCACAUGCCUGCCUUGUCAACCAAACACGUUCACUCCGUGCAAUAAUGCAGACAGAAAGUGUACUCCAUGCCGGCCUGAAUGUCCCGGUAAUCAUCGGCCAGAUGAUGAACAAAGGCAAUUCAUUAGUGAAAAGUGCACAUCAACAUCUGACAUAGUGUGUUCCUGUGUCCAAGGGUAUUGGAAGGAACCUGGAGCGCACGGCGAAUGUCGGACCAUUUCUACAUGCUCGGUCGGGGAGGGUGUGGCGAAAUUAGCCUCAAUGUUUUCGGACACAGUUUGUGUUCCUUGUGUCAACGGCAGCACAUUUUCCGACUUUUCCUCGGCAAAGGAAGCUUGCAAAAAUUGCACAGUAUGUGAGAAGAAGGAAACCAGGUACCAACCAUGUCUUCAAACGAGCAACUCUAUUUGCAAACCGGUUUCCAGUACUGACAAUGGUGUACAGUCGCCGUCUAAAACGGUUAAUAUUUGGCUGAUAGUUGGCGUUGUGGUUGGGCUUGCUGUAUUCGUAGGGAUUGCCCUUGGAAUAGCCUUUUGUCUGAGGAAAAAAUGCUGCCAUAGAACCCUCCCUCAGUUUUCAGGACAGUCAACUGAGAUGGAAUCGCAUGAUAUUGGCAUACAGAUUUUAGAAGUUCCUUGGCCUGCAACGAACCUCUCUGAUGAACAGUUGUUAAAGAUAACGGCAACGAUUGGCAAUGGCUGGGAACUGUUGGCUACUGCAUUAGGCCUCGACAAAGCAGCUAUUUUCAGAAUUCAGCAUGAUAACAAUCUUUGUGUAAACACACAGGUGUUUCAGGCACUAAUUUCGUGGCGAAAUAGGGUGGAAAGCCCAACACUCCGGUCGCUCUACCAAAUAAUGUCCAGUGAAAAUGUGAGAAACAUUGUUACGAUCGAGUGGGAAAAGCUUAACUCUUUGAUUAAAGCUAUUUGCGUGGAAAACAAUGAUGUAAUUGUUCCUGGAGAUGAACCUUUGUACGAUAGAUUUCACAACAAUUGACUUUACACACUGAUGAUGAAAUAACUGUUGAUGUUUUUGUUUUUUGUAUACUUCUGAUUUAUAAUUUUGAUGGUUUAAACUUUUAAAUUUAAACUUACGUCUUGGGUCUAUCUUAACUUGUCCAGUGUAAACAUACGUGGAUGACAUAGCAUACAUUAACUCCAUUGCGCUAUUUCUUUAUUGUUUAGUCAACAAUUAUUUAUCAUCAUCAUUCUAUAAUCCCACAUUUUAAUCCUUGUUUUAAAUAUGGUUGAGCAUAAACACAAUCUAUGCACAUAAUUGGGUGGCUUUAGGAAAAAAGAUUGGCACUGUUGACAAUGUUUUUGCACUUCAUGGACUCAUUUCCCUUAUGAUUAACAAUAAUAAACAGUUAUGUUGCGGUUUUAUAGAUUUAAGCAAAGCUUUUGAUUAUGUGGUAAGACCCAAAUCUUUGGCAGAAAUUAACAAGACUUAGUGUCAGAGGUAAAUUUUGUAUGUAAAUAACACAUGUAUGAUUGUAUCAAAUCUAAAGUUAAAUUAAGCAACACUCUGAGCAAUGAUUGUUCUUGUAUGUUAGGAGUGCGGCAGGGUAAAUGUUUAUCUCCUUUGCUUUUCUCGUCAUAUCUAAAUGACUUAAAGAAAUGCUUUUACUAAAUAGCUAUUAUGAAGGAAUUGCGCUGUAUAUGUUUAAAAUAUGUUUUCUAUUAUAUGCAGAUUAUAUUGUUCUAUUAUAACACCAGAUGGCUUGCAGAAAGGUUCUGAUAGUUUACUAGAGUAUAGCAAUAAAUGGAAAUGAAAGUAAAUGUAAGAAAAAUAAACAACGGUUAUGGGUUUUAGAAAAUCAGGAUUAUAACCAAGGAAUCUAAAUUUUAAAUAUAAUGGUGAAAUUGUAGAAAUUGUUAAUGCCUUUAGCAACUGAGGUAUUGCUUACGGUGGCUCAUUUAAUCAGACCCAGACAACACUUGCGGAUCAGUCAAGGAAAGCAAUUUUUAAAAUUAAUAAAUACUUGUACAAUUUUACAAGUAUUAAACACAGAUUAGAAUUAUUUGAUAAGCUUGAAUUGCCAAUUUUAAAUUAUGGAUGUGAGGUCUCGGGUUUUUACACGGCAACUUAUAUUGAACGUGUUCAUACUCAGUAUUGUAAAAUCAUUUUAGGUGUCAAAAAGAUCCACACAAAAUAAUUUUGUAUAUGGAAUACUUGGUAGAGUUCCGUUAAUUCUUGGUAGAUUUUUAUCAUUAACUAUUGGUUUAAAUUAAUCAAAUCGAAGGAACAUAAGUAUGUGUACAUUGUAUAUGAAAUACUAAGAAAUGACAUAGAAUUGUUUCCAAAUAAGAACACUUAGGCAAGUCUUUUACGUGAGAUAUCAUCAGGAUUUUAUGAUGUUUUUUUUCAAGGUGUUGGAAAUGAACAAGUGUUUUUUAAACUUAGUAAAGCAAAGAUUAAAAGAUAAUUUUAUUUCCACAAGAGCUUUAUGUUAUCGCGAAAUAAGCUUCUGUAUUGAUUUAAAAACAUAUUUAAAUGUCGUUAUCAUUCCAAAGCAUAGAAUAGCAUAACGUAGAUUACGCACAUCUUCUCAUCAUCUUGCAAUAGAUAGGGUAAGAUUGUAUAGGCAAACUAGUAUUGCAUACAAUGAUAGAAAAUGUAAUGUAUGCGAUAAAUUAGAUGAUGAGUACCAUUUUGUUAUUAAAUGUUGCCAAAUUAAUGAUCUUAGAAAAAUAUACAUUGAUAAAUAUUACUGAGAC